GAAUUCAUUAGACUUACCAAUCGAUCUGCCAACAGUAUCUAUGUGGAAACAGAUGCUUACUACGUAGAUAUAUCCACUUGUCAUUUGAUUACACUUUGCGCCAAAAGACGUGACUUCGCGAAUCGAAAUUUGGACAAAGCGCGUCUCCCUUGAAAAUACCGGGGUAAACAUCAAUAUCUUCGUGCCACGAGCCACGAGCCACAAGCCAAAAGACUAUUUGAGAAGAGGGUUGAUAUCUGGGGACUCACGAUUUUGUUACUUGUCAGUUCAGUCUUGAGGUGUUCCUUCGAUUUUCUGAGAUUGAUAACUGGACUCUUGACCGACUUCUCAAAUCAUUUCAAAUUUCACAGCAACAGGCAGAUAAUGAAUCUCUCCAACAAUACCUCGGACAUGGAUACGGAGAUUGAGAUUCAUAGUCCGGGGAGAGAUUGGCAUCAUCCGUACACGCCGUAUCCGAUCCAAGAAACGUUUAUGCAAACGGUGUGGGAGGUUUUGGAAGAGGGCAAGAUUGGGAUUUUGGAGAGUCCGACGGGGACGGGGAAGAGUCUGAGUUUGAUUUGUGGCGGGGUGACGUGGUUGAGGGGGUGGAAGGGGAGAGUUUUUGAGGGGUUGCUUGAGGGGGGUGGGGGUGGGGAUGGAGGGAAUGGAGAGGGUAUUGCAAGCUCGACGGAACCGGAGUGGGUGAUUGAAGCGGCGAGGGAGAGGAGGAAAAGGGAGUUGGUUUCGAGGAGGGAGGAGAUGGAGAGGAGGUUGGAGAGGAUCAGAGAGAGGGAGAGGAAGGAUAGAGAUAGGAUGGCUGGAAAAGGAGAUGGGAGGAGUGGGAAGAGGAGGAAGAUUGGGGGGGAUGGAAAUGGGGAUGUGAAUGGAGAGAGUGCUGGUAAAAACGAAGAUGAGUUUUUAUUGGACGAUUGGGAUAGUGAUGGGGAGGCUGGGGGUAGCGGGAAGAAAGGAACCGGAGAUGAGACUAUUUUUUCGAAAGAAACGCUGGAGUUGAAGAAAAGUGUUGGGUUGUGGAGUCAAGGAGUAGAAGAUGAAGAUGAAGAACCAGAUGAUGAGAUGAAGAUAUUUUACUGUUCAAGAACUCAUUCUCAGCUAACUCAAUUUAUUAACGAACUUCGACGAGUAGAAUUCCCACCAUCUAUACCUCCAUCAGACACGUCCUCAAAAGCAUCAGACGAAAAGAAAGAACCCCUUCACGAACACCUCAAACAUCUAACCCUUGGUUCCCGCAAAAAUCUGUGCAUAAACCCCAAAGUAAAUAAACUCAAUUCCGUCACCGCGAUCAACGAACGUUGCGCUGAGCUUCAACAAUCUUCAACUCCCAAAGAACAAAAAUGUCCUCAUCUACCCAAUAAAGAUAACAAAUCCCUCGUCAACACCUUUCGCGAUCAUGCGCUUGCUACGAUCCGCGAUAUUGAGGAUAUGGGUUCUCUGGGGAAAGAAAUCUCAAUCUGUCCAUACUAUGCCUCUAGAGCAGCCAUCAAACCCGCGGAAAUAGUCACAUUGCCUUACCCGUUACUUUUGCAAAAGAGCGCGAGAGAAGCGCUCGGGAUUAGUUUGAAGGGACAUGUGGUUAUUAUUGACGAGGCCCAUAAUUUGAUGGAUGCGAUUGCGGGGAUCUAUGGGACGGAAAUGGAGUUGAGGGAGUUGAAGUUAGCGAAGGAAAUGUUGGGGAAUUAUUUUCGAAAGUUUGCAAAGAGGUUGGGGGGGAAGAAUAGGAUUUAUGUGGCGCAGACGAUUAGGGUGGUGGAUAGCUUGGUGGGUUACUUGGUGAGGAUGUUGGAGGGAUCGGCAAUAGAUGGAGUAGUUUCUCAAAAAGACCUACUAUCCGGAAAAGGAGCCGACCAGAUCGAUCUCUUCAAAUUAAUUCGCUAUCUCCAAGAAAGUAAAUUAGCACGCAAAGUCGAAUCCUACACUGACCACAUCCGAAUAUCACAACCACAAACUUCCGUCUCCUCGUCCAAAAACAAAGGUCCCCCCAAAUCAACCCCCAUUCUGCAUACCCUAACAUCUCUCCUCCUCGCCCUCACUCACCCCACAUCCGAAGGCCAACUCUUCUUUCUCAAACAUGAGAACGACGUCACCCUUAAAUUUCAACUCCUCAAUCCCGCUAUCCACUUCGAUUCUAUUGUUUCCUCCGCCCGCGCCGUCAUUCUCGCCGGUGGAACAAUGUCGCCUUUUUCAGAUUACACAUCUAUUCUCUUUCCUUCCGUCCCGGCCCAUAAAAUCAAAACUCUCUCCUGCGGCCACGUCAUCCCGUCGAGUAAUCUCUUCGCGAGUGUGGUCUCCAAAGGCCCCACGGGAUAUCCCUUCAAAUGGACAUUUGAAAACCGUGCGAAUACAGAGAUGAUGGAUGAGCUAGGAAGAGUGCUGGUAAAUGUUUGUACGGUUGUUCCAGGGGGUGUGGUAGUUUUCUUCCCCAGUUACAGGGUUUUAGAUACGAUUCUUGCGCGAUUUGCGGUUGUUCAGCAGGGCAAUAAUAAUAGUACGAGUAAACCCAAAUCGCUACUCCAACGAUUAGAAGAAAAGAAAACGGUAGUGCGCGAAGCGAAAGAAGAGAGUGUGGAGGAGAUCUUGAGGAGAUAUGGAAAUGCGAUUGCAGAGGGGAAGGGCGGGUUGCUGUUUAGUGUUGUGGGGGGAAAGUUGAGCGAGGGCAUUAAUUUCUCGGAUGAUUUGGGGAGAGCGGUUGUGAUUGUUGGGUUGCCGUUUCCGAAUGCUAGGACGGCGGAGUGGAGGAGAAGGUUGAGGUUUGUGGAGGAGAGUGCGGUGGCGAGGUUGUCGGGUGAUUAUUUAGGGUCUGCUUCUUCUUCUUUGACAAGGUUGGGGCUGAAGGGUGGAUAUGUGGAAAAAGAAAAAGACGAAGAAGUAGAAAAUGGAGAGACGGGAAGAAGCCAAAAUACGGAACCACAAAUACAAAUACCCAUUCCACACGAGAUCCAAGCACAGAUCGCCCACAAAGCCAAAGAAGAAGCGAAAGAUUUCUUUGAAAAUGUAUGCAUGCGAGCGGUGAAUCAGAGUGUGGGGAGAGCGAUUAGACAUCGUGGAGAUUGGGCGGGGAUUUUGAUGGUGGAUGAGAGGUUUAGGGGGGAGGGGGUGAGGGGGAAAUUGGCGGGUUGGAUUAGAGAGGGGGUGAAGGGGGUGAAGGAGGAGGAUCAGGGAUUUGGGAGGGUGGUGGGAGGACUGGGGGCGUUUGUUAGGGGGAGGAGGGGGGGCGUGUGAGGGGAGGGGAGAGAGGAGAGAGGGUAGAUUUAUUUCUAUCUCUUGAGCUUGAGAAAAAUAAUAAUGAGUGCGUGGCUGUGAAUACUUUUGAAAUUGUAUACAUAUACACACACAUACAUACCAUACCAUACCAUACAUACAUAUCCAACCUUAUAUAUACAAGUUUAAGUUUAACUAACUUAUAUACGAAAAUAAAUAAAUAAGACACACAAAACGUUCAAACCAUAUAAUUAGUAUAAGUAUCA